AUGCGGCUCUCUGCUACUCUUACCGUCCUUUUACCCCUCGUACUGCUUUCGGCGGCGUCUCCAGUCCCUGACAGAAUUACCGAGGGGCCCACUGAUGCUUCUGGUGAUGAUGUGAAGAGGCGCGAUCUUGACGUCGGCGUGCCAUUCCCUCGCGCUGAGCAUGCCUCCCAGCUACAAACGCGUUCUCCCCUGCUUGGGGCUGUUGGGCGAGGUCUGUCGACGCUCGGCUUCAAAGCGAAGUCGCAGUACGGCUGGCUCACUUCCAAAGCAACACCAGGCCUGACCAAGUCCGUUUACGUUAGCAACGCCAAGAACGCGAAGAUCGACGCUGACGCGUUGAAGCUUCAGACGUCUUACCUGAAGAAGCAACGCCUCCAAAGGAACGCUUACCUUGAUGCCCAGAUCGGGGCGCUUCGACCCAAAUUCCUCGCAAUUCGCAACCAGCUCUUGUUUCAAAGAAGUCUUCCCUCACGAAGUCAAUCACGCUCGGCGAUAUGGCAUGCGCAGACGGAGCAGACGAGCAAUCUUUCGCCUCGUAGGCGCCCAAGGAUCCAGGUGGUCCGGACCCGAAGCAACAAUAUCCUAUCCAGCACCGAAAUUGUUUCAAUUUUGCAGAGAAGAGGCAACAAGUGUUCUACCGCCAAUCCACUCGCAACGUGUCUCCCCAAGCUCAAGAAGAGGCCUCUCCAUAUGGCUCAAGCUGGCGACAGUCAAGUCUCACUCAGCGAGGAAGACAAGUUCUCCACCCCUCGCGCGUCUUUCGAAUCCGCAUCGUCGGUGUCCAGUGAGCAUGCGAACACUAAAGAAAUCGAGUUGCUCAGGCCGCAUCCACGUAGAGACUCUGCGUUGCCAUCCCCGCAGCGCGAGCCCAGAAGAGUCACCUGGAAUCCAGAGAUCAGAUACAUUCCUACAACGUCGCAACAAGACAUUCGGAAGAGAGUGACCUUCCACGACGAGAUAGAGUACAUCCCGCAGGCCCACGAACAAUCUGAAAGACGGCAUUUGAACAAUUUCCCUAAGCAAGGCGCUCCGUCAAGAAGCUGGACUAGCUCUUGGUUUGGCCCGUUUGGGAAUCGAAAGACAGAGCAGGCGAAUCUCUUGGCAAGUGAAACGAACCCUUCUACAUCCUCAACAGCGAAUCAUCGUGUCACUGCAUCUUCUAGCCACCGCACAAACGCCCCCCAGCUUCAGCUCGAGAGCGAGAGAUCUCCUCAGCGCUUGGUUCGUCCGAAUGCGCUCCAAAGCCACGAAGCAAAUGACUCGCCAGAAAUGGCCAAAGCUGUCGCGAGCCAUCUAAAGAGAAAGAUGCCGCACUGGAUCCUUCGAAGGUCUGUGACUUCUGAGAGGCCUCACAGGGAGCGUGUCACCCAUGCUCAUUUCGCAAGACGAAGCAGAGCACCAACGGAAGAGAUCGAGGCAGCUCUCAAUGGAUGGCUAUCCAAAGUCAAGCAGGAGCCUGCAAGCGCCCCACGAACGGUCCACCUCUCGCAAUCGGAACACGCGAGCAAAGCCACAACUUCCGCUUUGGUCAACGCGAACCGUCCCCGACCUUGGCAAAGACGCAAGCACAAGAUCCUGCUGGAACAUAAGUUCCAUGAACCCAUGAAAGUAACAUAUACUCUGAAGGAUGCUGAAGGGCAACAAAUCCAUGGACACAGCGAAGGCGUCAUUGAGUCCGGAAGACCUGCUGAUGGCCGUGCUUUUGAGCAUUUUGAAAGACGCUCAGUACAGCAUGCGCGACGGCGACUAAUUGUCGAAGCUGCCCGGCACGCUGCCUCCCUCCAUCGUCGAUCUGCAACCUUACGGCGGCCAAUCAUGCUGCCAAUGCGUCGCUCAGGAGUUUGGCAUCUCAAGCGCGAAGACUUGAAGGCGCGAGGCUUUACUGACAAAGCGCGCUCUGCUUGGAGCUCUAUUUCUGAUUGGGCUUCGCACGAGUGGGACAAAAUGCAAGUCUACAACGGCUAUAAUGCGCACGCGGGAGGGCCCUUCGCGUGGGCUAUCCGUGAGACUCGUCGUCCUGUAGAUCUCGCCGAAGGCACGGCUAUGCUCAAAGGGACUGCCAAUACCCUUUCUAGAGAGGGCGCUACAAGCAGGGACUUGGAAAGCGGGCUCGCACCAAGUGGCCGCGAGAUGCGCAAAACUCAAAGGGCUCUCGUGAUUCCUGAGCGAAGUCCUCUCGCACCACCUCACGCGUGGCCGCAUCCUUCACCCUCUUCCAGCUCUUCGGUCUCGACGCCAUCGCCUCAGAGCGUCCUUCGAGAUAAGGGCAAAGGACCGAUGGAGAUUGAGAUGAAGCCUCAGAAGCCUCCGAAAGAGAUGCGAAGAGUGUUUUCUGAAGGCAGCUCGUCCGUCAAGCAGGUCACGGCAGAUUACUUUCCAGUCACGAUGAUUCACCAAUCGGCGGGAGCUCGUCCUACUCGUAUGGAAGGGGUGAAAACACCGGAUGAAGUGAGUAGCAAUGUCGCUGCGUUGCAGCCAACCAGCCAUGCUGGCACUGGGGCUACAACUCUGCCUGGGCGUGGCGAGAUCCGAGCAACGAGCUCUAGGACUGAAUGA